ACUUGGCUUUCUGGGCUCUGUCCCUUGGCCGGGGCCAGCCGUAGCCGCCGCCGUCGAGUUACUAGCGCCGGCCGGCGGCGUCCGUGCCCCUUUGUGGCGUGGGGACGCUCGGAGCGUGACGUCGUCCGGCCGAGCCUAGUCUAGCCAUGGGCCUGAUAUUUGCUAAGCUGUGGAGUUUCUUCUGUGACCAGGAACACAAAGUAAUAAUAGUGGGACUUGACAAUGCAGGAAAGACCACCAUUCUUUACCAGUUCUUAAUGAAUGAAGUGGUCCACACAUCUCCAACCAUAGGAAGCAAUGUUGAAGAAAUAGUAGUAAAAAAUACCCAUUUCCUUAUGUGGGAUAUUGGAGGACAGGAGUCAUUACGGUCAUCAUGGAAUACCUAUUAUUCAAAUACAGAGUUCAUCAUUCUCGUUGUUGACAGCAUUGACAGAGAACGACUUUCUAUCACAAAAGAAGAACUUUACAGAAUGUUGGCUCAUGAGGAUUUACGGAAGGCUGCAGUUCUCAUCUUUGCAAAUAAGCAGGACGUGAAAGGUUGUAUGACAGCUGCUGAAAUAUCUAAGUACCUCACCCUUAGUUCCAUAAAGGAUCACCCAUGGCACAUUCAGUCCUGCUGUGCUUUGACUGGAGAAGGAUAUAAUGACCCUUAAGUGUAUCUUCCCCUUGACUGACUUCUGGAUCUUCCUUACAGCUGAGUCCACCAGCUUUAGUGUCUGUAAUACCCAGGUGACUGCUUCAACUCUAUACGCUAGGGCAGCAACUCUGACUUCACCAGAGGGUAAAGAAUAUAAAUAGGGUGUGGCUUUCAGCCUCACUGAGAUGAUCACUUAUGAACCCCAUUUUUUCUUGUGUAGGAGCCAACAAAUAUUUUAGUGCUCCUGGAAAUUCCUACCAGUAGACUUCCAUCCCUUCAUCCUGGAACGUCUUUUUAAUGUGCAGUCCUAUCAGACCUUAUUUUGACUUUUCAGAUGUAUACUCAAAGACAAGUAUGUCAACAUUCACUAUGACAUGAAGACCUACUUUGUUACUGGUGUAAAACCCAUUACCUAUAUGCAGUUGAUGUAAUUGACUUAUUAACUUCUAUCUCAGUUAUGCCAGCAAAGUUACUAAAAUUUAAAACUGAGCUUUCCUCAGACCCCUGGAAUUCACAGAACAGACAUUCUUGGUGUCUGACAGGAGCUGGCCAUUGGUUUUUCUUUCAGAUUCAGUUUUCUUAGGUGCCCUAAACAUAUGCCUUGAUUUUCAAACAGCCUCAUCAUUUGUAGAAUUCAUUUUGUUUCAGCAGUAAAAUAGUAGAAGAAUAUUCUGUGAUAAUACUGCCUCAGGGUUUCAAAAGCAGUGGAUAUAACAGAUCAUUCAGAAAUUAAAAAACAAAAAAUCUUCCCCACAAUGAUGAAAUGUGAAGUUUACUUUUCAGAUACAGCUGGGACUGUCUUGUGAAGUAAGUAUCUGCCUGUACCUCCAUCACUUUCCCUGACCUCUCAUAAUGGGAGGUACUGACCCACUUUUGGUCUAUUAAUUUUGGGUAUUUAUUUCCAAAAAUUAAGCCACUGACUUGUCCAACUAGCUAUUAUUAUUUUUGCUAAAGGCAACUUGGAUAGGUAACUCAUGAGGAUUUGGCUUUGUGUAAACAGAUCUACAUUUUCAGGUCAAAUUAUUUCCUUUCAUAUUUAAAUUGGUGAUGUACUUACUGUAACUUUGUUCUUAAUAUGGAUAUUCUAUGUAAUUCCACAUUCUCAUUUCAAAAUUUAUUGUAGGGAAGCAUUAAUUAAGCCAGUGCCUUUUUCUUUAAUGUACGCAAAAUAUAAUUUUAUUUGUUCAUUUAAUUUGAAUCAUUUGAAUAUUACUUAAAAAGGCUUUCUUUAAUGAAAAAGUGGGAUCACUCUCUCCUUGGCCCUAUUGCGUUACCAAAAUUCAGUGUGUUAAUGGAUAAUAUAGGGUCUGACCGUAUACUACAACCAAAAGAGAAAUGUCACUGGCAGUUGUUUUAAUCCAUCGAUAUACAACUUUGGUGCUUCUUGGCAGUCAAUUUUGAGUUUCAACCAGACAUGAUUUUGUGUUAGCCUCACCCUGGCAUUGAAUGAAGAUCUAAUCUAAGCAGCAUUUGAAAUGUUAUAUUUGUGUUAGCCCUAAGGCAACAGUUAUCAAACGGUUGGUCGGGACCCCAAAGUGGAUCGAGACCCCGUUUUAAUGGGGUCACCAGGGUUGGCGUUAGACUUGCUGGGGCCUGGGGCCAAAGCCCGAGCCCUGCUGCCCCAGGUGAAAGCCGAAGCCCAAGGGCAUCAGCCCUGGGUGGCGGGGCUCAUGUUACAGGCCCCUGGCUGGGGCUAAAGCCCUUGGGCUUUCGCUUUGCCCCCCCCCCCCCCCCCCCACACACACACACACGGGGCAGCAGGACUCGGGGGCUCAGGCUUCAAUCCCUCCUUUUGGGGUUGUGUAGUCAUUUUUGUUGUCAGAAGUGGGUCGCAAUGCAAUGAAAUUUGAGAACCGCUGCCCUGAGGCAUUGUGGUAAGUAUUCUGUACUGCCAUGUGGGAAACCCAUAAAGAUUUUUAUAUCUUUCCUUUCACUCCUUAGAUGAUAUGUAUUGAGAGUAGCAUGUUUUGGCUCUAGAAGGGAAAUUGAAGAUGAACUUUCUUUCAUGUGAUUGGAGCUUUUGGCUCCUUUAAAAGAAAUCCUACCGAGGCCACGUGCACCUAUAAUUGAUGGCGAAAGAUGGUGCUUUUUGGUAGGAUGACUUGUAUGAGAGCAAAUGGUUAAAAACUUCAUUGCGACUUCUCUUAUUAAU